AUGGGAAGUGAUGAGACUCAACGGUUAUUGCUUUCCGAGACAAGGGACCAUUCUCAUGUCAAUGAGAAAAAUGACCUUCUUCAGAGAAGGCGAACGCGGCGUGGUGGCACUUCAGACACAGAGAUUGAACAGAAUGGUGACCUCCAAACCCCUUUACACCCUCAAUCAAUAUAUGAAACACAAGAAGCAGAACUCAACUUUAAGCCAGUAUUCUUCUAUUUAGCAGCAUACUUAGGCAUAGAAAAUUUUAUGUUACAUUUUCAUCAUUUAUACUUUAUUUUUGCUACAAAAAAAUCCAAGAGCCCUUCACCGGCUUUUUCAUCAAGAUUUUCAAAUGAGAAUUUGGAAACAUCUCCAAAGGCAAAUAGUGCAAGAAAGAAUACAGUAGUGGAAACAAACAAGGGCCACAAAUAUGAUAGAAUGAGGAAGGACAAUUUUUCUGGUGUCAUUCCUAAAGAACUUGGAGAUCUAGAUAAUCUGGAGUUGUUGGAUUUAAGGGUGAAUAACUUGAUUGGAAAUAUCCCUGCAGAAACCGGAAGGAUGUUGUUAAAACAAUUAUUGGUUCAUGACAAUAAAUUUGAGGGUAGCGAUUCUCAAGAGCUCAACAACAUGGGACUGCCUUCUAAAUCGCUAGUUAUUGACAACUAUUCGUCUCCCCUGGCAAGUUUGUUUCAGUGCAAGAAUAGAAAGUUUGCACACUGCGCGUGGUAUAGAGAUCUCAAGCAAUGGAACAAGGCAGAGUUUUUGGUUGUUCCAAUCAAAGGAGCACUUAAAAGAUACCUUAAUGCCAUGGCUCUGCCACUGUAUGUUGACAACUUUUUUUUUACCAAUUUCAAUCUGAGACAACGACGACAAUAA